AUGGGGAACUUAAUGUCCACUCCGGUGACGGAGAAGAACAUCACCCUCGUUCAGCACGACCACAUAUCACAUGCGAUUGGUGAAAUGCAGGGUUACAGGUUCCAGAUGGAGGAUGCCUACUGCGACCUUGACGAUCUCGUGAACUCUUCUAACUCAUUGAGAAUAAAUAUCUAUGGUGUCUUUGAUGGGCACGGUGGAACAAGCACAUCGAAAUAUGUGAGUGAUGUACUAUCUCUCGAAAAAAAGCAGAAGCUACUAGACCCUGAAAAUAAAGAAACCCUUCAAAUGAUUGACUUCCAGAAAAUCCUUAAAGACUGCUUCAUGAAAGUUGACUGCAAAUUUUAUUAUGAUCCUAACAAUAAUAGUGGAUCCACCGCUGUCGUGGUAAUUAUCUUCAAGGAUUAUAUUAUAACUGCCAACUCGGGAGAUUCUAGGGGUAUACUAUCAAGGAACGGACAUGUGAAAAACUUGUCUUUUGACCAUAAGCCAAAAGAUCUAGGUGAACUGAUGAGGAUUCACAACGACGGAGGUUAUGUAUCGCAGAACAGAGUCAACUCUAUACUUGCGUUGAGUAGAGCAUUUGGGGACUUUAACUUUAAGCUGCACAACAAUAAUAAUCAUGGCAGGUUCCAUUUAUCAAGAAACAACAAGAGAAUAGGGCUCACGCCGCCUGAGGAAUUCCAGGUUACUGUUGAACCAGAUAUCAUUAUUCAGAAAUUAGAUCCCAAAAAUGACGAAUUUCUCGUUGUUGCAUGUGACGGUAUCUGGGAUUGCUACAAAUCUAACGAUUUGAUUGAAGUAAUAAGGCAUCAACUAUCACAAGGUAAAAAGCUCACUGAAAUAAAUGAAAUUGUUUUAGACAACUGCAUUGGAAUGGCCAACACUAUCACGGGCAUUGGUUUUGAUAACAUGACAAUAAUAGUGGUUGCGUUGCAUAGAGAUUUGAGAAACUUAGAUACUUGGUAUUUGAAAAUGAAGAACAAGAUACUAGACGAGAAA